AUGCCUCGCGACAAGUACACCCGUCAGUCUCUGGGCGCAACGCAGCGACUCGUGAAGGAGUGCCGCGUCCUCCUCGUCGGCGCAGGCGGCAUAGGCUGCGAGCUGCUCAAGAAUCUUGUCCUCACCGGCUUCGGCGAAAUUCACAUCAUAGACCUUGACACGAUCGACCUGAGCAACCUGAACCGUCAAUUCCUCUUCCGGCAGGAACAUAUCAAGAAGCCCAAAGCACUGGUCGCAAAGGACGUGGCUCAGAGGUUCAACCCGAACGUCAAGUUAUUCGCGUACCAUGCCAACGUAAAAGACAAACAAUUCAAUCUGGAGUGGUUUUCGGGUUUCAAUAUCGUCUUCAAUGCGCUUGACAACAUGGAUGCUAGGCGGCACGUCAACAAGAUGUGCCUGGCGGUCGAUGUCCCUCUGGUCGAAUCCGGCACGACAGGCUUCAGGGGUCAAGUGCAGGUCAUUAAAAAGGGCAAGACUGCUUGCUACGAUUGCACUCCCAAAACUACUCCGAUUUCCUACCCUGUCUGCACAAUCCGUUCCACUCCGAGCCAACCGAUCCACUGUAUUGUAUGGGCCAAAAGCUAUCUUCUACCCGAACUAUUCGGCGUCAGCGAAGACGAGGCAGCUGAGCUGGAUUCAUCGGAAGAUGCGGAAAAUGCCGAAGAGAUCAAGAAGUUGAAAGAGGAAGCACAGGCCCUGAAGAGAAUAAGAGCUUUGAUGGGUUCAAACGAUUUCGCAAAGCAGGUGUUCGAUAAGGUGUUCAAAGAGGAUAUUGAAAGACUGGUAAAGAUGGAGGAUAUGUGGAAAGACAAGAAGCCGCCAGAGCCUCUUUCCUACGACACCCUCGAGCAACUAGCAAGCGAAAGCGCUGUUGGCUCGCAAGUGGCUCAGAAUGGCCAAGUGACAUGGUCCGCUGUCGAAAACUAUGUUGUGUUCAAGGACAGUCUAGACCGUCUGGUGAAACGAUUAUCCCAGGAACAAGCGGCCGCGUCGAAAUCAGGGGAACCACAGCCCUCGAUCUCUUUCGACAAAGACGACGAGGACACGAUAGACUUUGUUGCCGCAGCAGGUAACCUGCGGGCAAUCAUUUUUGGCAUCGAACCCAAAUCGAAAUUCGACAUCAAGCAGAUGGCCGGCAACAUCAUUCCCGCAAUCGCCACCACGAAUGCCAUGGUCGCCGGUCUUUGCGUAUUACAGGGGUUCAAAGUACUGAAAGGCGACUAUGCUCGCAAUAGAUGGCUCUGGCUGGGACUUGGUUCACUGCACACUGACCAGCUAGAUUUACCCAACCCCGAAUGCCCUGUUUGCAGCGUUGCUAUGGCACGAGUCCAUGUCGAUAUUGAAAGAGCCACGCUCAGAGAUUUCGUACGAGAUAUUUUACAGACGAGGCUCGGGUAUGGGGAAGAAGUGACAGUCAUGACAGAGGCCGGUGUGGUGUAUGAUCCGGAUCUCGAGGACAAUCUGGAGAAAAAGUUGACAGAUCUCAAUAUUGGUGACGCAAGUUUUGUUCUCAUCAAGGAUGACGAUGACGAUCCUCGGGUCGAUCUCCAAUUAGCCAUCGAAGCGAAGAAACCAGAGGACGAAACGAGAGUCGUUCUUCUUGUCGAGAAGGACGGCGAAACAUUGGAGAUACCCCGGAAACCGAACAAGCAGUCCAUCCCAGACGAUACUCACGCCGAUGCGAAUGGAUUCAUUGUUACAAAAGGCGUUUCAAGCACCACUACACUCUCCAACGGCAAGCGGAAACGACCCUUGGACGAUGAAGGAGACGAGAGUGCUGCGCCGGCAAAGAAAUUGCAAAGCCUGUCUGCGGGAGGGGCGAAGAGGCGGGAGCUAGAAGCAGUUGUAAUUGACGAAGACGGGGCGUUUGUGAUUACGGAUGAUGACUAG